AUGGGCUGUUUCGGAUUGAGAAAACUAGUCAGAAAGAAGUCAUCACUCGAAAACAAUAAUCACCGAGUAUACACGGUCGUUCACAGGUGGGAAGCUGUUAAUCCGCCAGUUCACGAAAAGGAGCCUACCAAAGAAAAGGCUCUGAAUGUGGUCGAUGAUGCCCCGAGCGAGGAAAUAUUGGCUCGUGAUGAAUCUCUCUGGAACCGAGCAUAUCAACAACUGGAUCAAGGCUUAGUGAAUCGAUAUGAGGACUUAUUGGCAAAAGAAAGAGAGCAGAUCAAAAGCAUUCGCCACAAUAUCGAGUCGACGCAAAAGCUUCCUCCACUGGGUCAGCGACAUCUCGAAAUUAAUAUUGAAGCCCUCAAUAUCCAGCGCCAGUUGUAUGAGAAAGGACUUUCGGAUGAUGAAUGCAAAUGUAGGCAGCUCUUCUGGCUGGCCAGUAACGACGUGGGCUCCUCCCAAGAAUCGUACAAGAGUGGAGUCCCAGAUCGACUCGUUGGGACCGGCGGAUGGCUCUUGGAACAGCCUCAUCUUCACCAGUGGCUAGAGAACGAUAAAGGCCUGCUGGUUGUUUCAGCUGAUUCUGGAUGUGGCAAGUCUGUUCUCGCAAAGCAUCUCAUCGACAAUGUGUUGCCCGAAUCCUGUCCAUCGGCCACGAUAUGUUACUUCUUCUUCAAGGAUCAAGUUCAGAAUACGCAGAAGCAAGCCCUCUGUGCAUUACUACACCAGCUCUUUACGAGCAAGCCUGCUUUGAUCAAACUUGCAAUGAAAUCAUUCAGUGAAAAUGGAGAUAAUCUGGUCGACAUGCUACCUGCGCUCUGGGAUAUCCUUGCUCGGGUACUAAAGGACCCUGGUAUGGGACGGACGGUCUUCGUUUUAGACGCUCUAGACGAAUGCAAGGAAUCGGAAUUAACCGACCUGGCAGACAAAAUUAAAUCCAUUCAAAAAGACGCUGAAAUUAGUACGAGAUUCCUCCUCACCAGCCGCGCGUAUGGGAACAUCAUGUGGGAAUUCCGUGAGCUAAAUGAUGAAUCUCCUCACAUUCACAUACCGGGAGAGAGCCAAUCAGACAAGUUUACGCAAGAAGUGGACAUCGUCAUUAAACAUCGUGUUGGGCUAUUGGCUCGAAAGAAGCAUCUCAAUGCCACCAUCCAAAGCCACUUGGAAGAGCGACUAAUGCAAAUGGACCACCGGACAUACCUCUGGGUUCAACUUGUUUUCGACUAUUUAGAAAAGCACAGCUUCAGGAAAGUCAAGGACGGCAUAGAUGACAUCUCCAACCUAUCAGAUCAACUUCCCACAAGCGUCAACGAUGCAUAUGUGAAGGCUCUUAAGAUGAACAUUGCUCUCCACCUGGACCUCGAAAGAGAUGAGCUGCAGCUUGAAUCAGACAAAGACUUUCAGGUUUCAUUGCGAAAACUGUGCGGUUCGCUUCUGACAGUGAACGAGAAAAAGGUGGUUUUUGUGCAUCAAACAGCACGGGAGUUCCUGGUGCAGGAGAAUGGCUUUUCUCUCGGCAGCCAACGAAGCCCAAUCGAUAUGAAGGAGGCACAUCGUGUCCUUGCAGUCAGCUGCAUCACAUACAUCAACAAAUUCAUGCCGCGGGUCGUUCAGACUCAUCCAGCAGAUUCAACAUCACUCGAUCUUAAUAGAGCCUUCUCAAACUAUUCUGCUAAGAACUGGCUCCACCACCUCGAGGCUGCAGGACUGAGAGAUGGCGAGGGGCUGGAACCGUACCUUGCCAGAAUAUGUGAUCCGAAAUCUGAUGCCUAUGCCUCUUGGUCCGCGCUUACCUACUUGGUUGAGAAUCUGCCCGUCAAUAAACAUGACGAGCGCAAUGCACUGUGGAUGGCCGCCAGCUUUAGUAUGACCUCGGUUGUCAGGAGGCUUUUUCAACAUGAGGAGAUCGAUAGGUCGAGUAACGAAAUUUCAAAUUGCUUCUUCAUACGGAGGGCAUAG